AGCUAGGUUUGCCAAAUUAGAGAGCCAAACGGGGCUUUAAAGAAACUCUCUCCCUCUCUCUACACUUUUCUCUCUCUACUGAAACAAAAAUGGCGGCUUCGUCUUCGUCACGAAGAUCAAGCGGACCAGUCCUACGCUCACUCUCUCCAUCCGGAAGGUUCUACUCACCGACUCCAUCGUCGUAUUCUUCUUCCGAUUUUGCUUCUUCGACCUCGAGCUUUUCGUCUCGAUCAGGCUCGUUCUUCCAAAGAUCAUCCUCUCCUACUCGUGUCAAUCUCUACAGCUCAUCUCCUUCGUCUCCGUCCUUGCGGUUCUCUCUCGACAGACAGAUUUCUCCGAGCCGAUCGAUCUCCGUAUCGUCUCGGAACCAGGUGGUGAAGAAGAUUGGAACUCAGAAACGGACGUGUAUGUGUUCGCCGACAUCGCAUCCAGGUUCAUUUCGUUGCAGUUUACACAAGAAUUUCAAUAACCAGUCGGUUUCGUUUCCUUCGAGCCGAUUGAAUGCUCGGAGGUCUGCGAUGACGAAUUCGCUCGUUCGAAUUGGAACCGUUGAAGGCGAUCUAGUGAAGAGAGCUUUGUCGGCUCUGAUUCGACCUUCGUCUCACCAGCAACGACGGCGCGCCGCGUUCCAGCCGAGGCCGAGCCGGCUCUCGAUCAUGUCGAAAUCAGAGGAAUUGUGAUGAGAUCGAGAGAGUAUGUUGAUCAAUAAUCUCUCAGUUUGCACAAUUCUCCAAUUUUUCUGUCGACGGAGGUGGCAGAUCCGGCGAAUAGGUCGGAACGGACUCCUUUUUUGUGUGUACUCCGGUGACCGAAACCCUAGAAAAUCCGAUUAUGAUACUUUUUGUGUGUGUUCAUAUAUAUAUAUAUAUACAUAUAUCAAUCGCAGCCAUUAAAGGCAAUUCAAGGACCAACUGGAUUUCUAAUUAACCAUUCAAUUAGCCUUUAAAUCAUCAAAUUUGAAAUUAAAUUAAAUUGAAUUGAAUUGAUUAAUCGGAGCUUAAAAUGUUGGUAAGAUUGCUUCAUGCACAGAUCCAUCUAAUUAUGAUUCAGUCAUUCGUUUGUGUCCUCUCUCCGUUACGUUUGACGUGUGAUUCGACGUUUUCGUUACCUCCGUUUGUAGGGACUUGCAUCGUUCGUUCGUCUUUUCGAUCCGUAUAUACGUAUGUGUUGUGUACAUAUACGUAUGCUUGUUUAUUUGAGGUAUUAUUUUCGGAUGGAGUGGGAAUUUGGAUCCCAAAAAUUGUUCAAAUCUGAUUUUGGAGAAUGGGCAAGGCCACUUUUGACUUCGGAGAAAAGGCCAAAUGAAUGACAAUGAAAUUUAUAUAAAUGAAAAUAUAUAAUGAAAUUUAUGAAAAAAAAAA